AUGUCUGCGCGGCGGUCAGGGCUGCAGAAAGACGUUCUAGAGCUUUACAGACGCGCCUUGCGCAUGGUGCGUGCUAAACCUGAAUCAACACGCCCCAAAUUCUUGCUGUUCGUUCGCUACAACUUCCGGCAACAAGCACAGAAUAUCUCGCCCCGCGAUGUGAGCGCUAUAGAACACCUGAUGCGCCGAGGUCGAAGACAGCUCGAGACAUAUGAGAGCCCCGCUGUGAAGGAUUGCUGGGUGUCACAAGAGAUGUGGAACUGGGAAAUGGACCACCGGGGGAGAAUCACUCGUCCUACCCCAUGA